UAUUGAUGAUUUGACUUUCGACCAGUUUGAACAAAACAAGUUUUUUCUUUAUUUACUUAUUUGAAUUUUUUUUUCCUUUGUGUGUAGUAAAUUUUGCUGAGUACAGUGAUAAAAAUUUUUAAUAAUGAAGUUAAUACUCUUAAUUUUUUGUUUAAUUUUUACUAGCAUAGAGGCAUUUGGUUUCGAUUUUUCAAACAUUUUUGGACCAGGAUUUCCAUUUAAUCAUGGUAACAAUCCUUUCAACAAUAACUUUAACAACUUCGGAGCUCAAAUACAAUCAACUUUUGAUCAAAGCAUGCAGCAAGUCGCUGAUGUCGCUAAAAGAGGCGAAGCAACCAAUGCUAUUUUAUUUAUGGUUCAUGGGGUUGGUGGAUCUUCAAAGAUUGUAUACAAUUCUCAAUCUGUGCUCGUCAAGGAUUAUAGUGUAACAAAAUGUGACGGUGACAUUACUACAAAUGUAAAUGGAUUUGAUUUGGUAUGUAAUGGACAGAGUGUACCAGUGGAUGAUGAUGUCUGCGUACCAGGAGCCAGUUCAUUUAGUCAAGUUAAUGAUGUAUUUUGUGUAUUUAAUAAAGGCAGUAAUAGUGGUUUCUCCGUAAUUAAUGGACAUAUAAGUUGUGAAAAUGGUCAAAUAUAUACAAAAGAAAAUUUAGAGAGCAAAUGCGGUUCAAAUGUUCUAUCAGAAAAUUAUGCGAAAGUUUAUUAUAUUCCAGAUGUUAAUAAUCCACAACAUAUUCCAAUACCAUCAAAUAAUCCACAUAUACCAUGCAAAGAUAAAACAUCAAAUAUUUGUGAAUUUGAAACCAGUUUAAGUGGAUUUAAAAAUGUUUGGAAUCGAUAAUUUUUGCUACAUAAGAUUUUUUUUAAUUCUGCUUGAGGGUGAUGUCGAAUACUAAGCGUUAACGAACACUCACGAUUAUCAUUCCUCAAUAUUCAGUCGAUUAUUCGGCAGUAUUCAGAAAUAUUUGGUGCUGUCCUUAACAUCAUCUGGCGAAAAACGAAUAAACUUCAGAUGAAAUAUGUUUGGAAAUUUAUUUUU